AUCUUCUCUUCCUUCCUGACAGAGUCUCUUCUUCUUCUACCCAUCUCUCUGAAUGCUUGAGAAACAAUGAGCCGGCAGUUCAGUUCUAGGUCUGCCUUUGGAUUGGGGAGCAGACAUGUUUACAAUGUCAGCUCCUCUGGGGCCUUUGGUGGCAGAAGCCAGGGCAAUGGAUCUGUGUGUCGCAUAGGUGGGAGGUGUGCAGGUGGUGCCAGUGGUGGUGGUGGCUUUGGAGGCUACAGUCGACUUAGGGGCAGCUACACCAGCCAAAGCCUCUAUAAUCUGAGUGGGCACAGAAGUAUCUCCAGCAGCCUAGUGGGGGAUGGAACCAGUGGCUUCUGGCAGAGCAGAGGAGGCAGAGGUUUUGGGGGUGGUGGUGGUGGGCGUGGCUUUGGAAGCAGAAGUUUAGGGGGUAGUGGCUUUGGCCUUGGGGGUUUUGGUCCUUCCUGUCCCCCAGGGGGCAUUCGGGAGGUGACCAUUAAUCAGAGCCUCCUUCAGCCUCUUGGGGUAGAGGUGGACCCUGAGUUUCAGAAGGUGAAAAGCGAAGAACGUGAGCAAAUCAAAGUUCUCAACAACAAAUUUGCUUCUUUCAUUGACAAGGUACGGUUCCUGGAGCAGCAGAACCAGGUCCUGCAGACAAAAUGGGACCUGCUGCAGCAGGUGAGGACCUCCACCAGGCGCAACAACUUGGAGCCCAUCUUGGAGUCCUAUAUCACUGAGUUGAGGAGGCAGUUGGAUGGGCUGAAUGGAGACCGGAUGCGCCAAGACUUAGAGAUAAGAAGCAUGCAAGACUUAGUAGAAGACUACAAGAACAAGUAUGAGGAAGAAAUCCAUAAGAGGACCGAUGCUGAGAAUGAUUUUGUCAUUCUGAAGAAGGAUGUAGAUGCUGCCUAUAUGAACAGAGUUGACCUGCAGUCUAGGGUGGAUGCAAUGAUCAAGGAAACUGACUUCGUGAAGUUCCUGUAUGAAGCGGAGCUGUCCCAGAUGCAGACCACCACCAGUGACACUAAUGUCAUCCUCUCCAUGGAUAACAAUCGUAGUCUGGAUUUAGAUAGCAUUAUCCGGGAGGUCCAGGAACAAUAUGAACUAAUUUUCCAGAAGAGCAAAAGUGAGACUGAAGCGAGAUACCAGGACAAGUACCAGGAGCUCCAAAUUACAGCUGGGAGACAUGACGAUGACCUGAAGAACACCAAGAUGGAGAUUUCGGAGCUCAACCGGGCUAUCCAGAGGCUACAGUCAGAGAUUGGAAAUGUGAAGAAACAGAUUGACCAAGUGAAUUCACUCAUUUUGGAUGCUGAGGAGAGGGGGGAGCAAGCCCUCCAAGAUGCCCAGCAGAAACUGCAAGACAUGGAAGAAGCUCUCCAGCAGAGUAAGGAAAAGAUGGCCCGCCUUCUUCGUGAUUACCAGGAGCUGCUGAGCACUAAGCUGUCUUUGGAUGUUGAGAUUGCCACCUAUAAGAAGCUCCUAGAGGGAGAGGAGUACAGGAUGUCGGGAGAAUUUCAGAACCCUGUUAGCAUCUCGGUGCAGAGCAGUAAAGUCACCAUCAGCGGCGGCGGCGGCGGCGGCAACUACGGCGGAGGCAGCGGUGGCUACGGAGGCAGCUCUGCCUUUGGCUCUGGAAGCUUUAGCGGCGGAGGGAGCUACGGGGGCGGCCGCAGCGGCGGGGGUGGGGCGGGUUCCAGAGGAGGUGGGGGAGUUUACGGGGAGAGCAGUAGUGGCGGCUACGGAGAAAGCAGCAGAAGCAGAAAAAGUGGGGUCAACUCCAGAGUGCAAAUCAUCCGAACCUCUACCAACACUUCCAGGAGACAUGUCAUUGAGUAGUGUGACAAAGCCUCUGCCCAUCCAAAACUUCCUCCAUUCCUGUUGCCAGUUUCUGAUCUCCCUUGUUCUGCAAAUCUUUCCCCAGUUCCUCUCAUUAGUCUCUUCCCGAUUAGCCUCAACAAUUCUGUAAAUAUUUCGAGCCUCUAUUAUGUGUCAAGUGUGGGAGUUGAAAUCGGUGUUUGUAGAAUUGAGUUGCUGGAUGGAAGGGGGCUUGGGUAGAGGAAAUAAGUUAGAGAAACAAUAUGAUUGGUCCCAAACAAUAGAUAAUCCAAAAUUCAUUUAUAGCUGGCUCAGUCAGCCAGACAGAAAGACAGACACACAUAUAACAUCUCAGACAUAUAUCAUCAGUCAGGCCUGAUCUCACCAUCUUUCCAUUUGAACUCUUUUGUUGAGAUCUAGGACCUAAUUUUGUGAUGGAAAAGAGGUUUAUGGAAUACCCAAAGCAGUUGAUGGAGAAGUGUCUCAUCUCCAGAAGCUGACUCCUUAACCCUCAGCUUGUGUAACAACCUGUCUCAGGGCACAGGCAUGAGCACUUAUUUCUGGGGAGUAAUUGUAAGGCAAGGGAGUUUAGGAAGAGAGUAUCUAAUAUUUUCAGAGGGAUUGCUAUAAACAGUGCUUGGAUAGUAAUUGAUUAACUCCACUUCCUGGGCAUUGUAGAAUCUCCCACCCAUCCUAGAGAUUGACAGAGAUUUAAAUGAACAUCCUGAUCCUGAGAUAUACCUUCAUGGGGGAGAGUCCCAGAGGUCAUUGGUAUUGGGUCUUUCUUCCAUAAGGAAGAAUUUAUGUUGCGAAUAGGAGAGUUAGAUGUGGGAGGAAAAAGAGCAACAGAUACCAGUCAUUGGGUUUUAUUUCUACCUUGCACUCUAGUUAUAUCCCUAUAGAUAACCAUAGUCUCAAGAUAGCCUGUUAGAAGUUCUGUCAAUGUAGUUGGUAUUUUGAAACCACAUCUUGCCUUCUAAUUGCCUCUCCUGCCUACACCACCAUUUGUCAGAUAAUAGAUAUUUAUAUGCUUAUAGGGAGAGUCUUAAAUGAGAUUUCUGAAGCAGUCAUGAGAAACUGUGAAGGUAUGCACAUACUGACUUUGAAAUGGGGAAUGUGGUUUAAGUCUCAAGACCUUCAUUUUCUUCCUUAUUGUAAUAAAACACCGAAUCCUUCUACAUGCACGUCACUCCCAGUUUUGAAUUCUUUUCUUUGAUGCUGAUGGGGACUACAUGGCAUCAAGGUACGUGUCUUGGGAGAGAGAAUGGCUAAUAGUAUAUUGUCAUCGGCUCCAUUUUGUUGUUGAGGCUUGGUCUUUGAAGGUCUGUAUUUUGGGUGCUUUUCCAAUAAACUGUUCUAUGUAUCAA